AUGCAAGCCUCUGUUCAUUUCUCUAUCAUGGGCAGGAAACCACAUGUGGUUGUUGUACCAUACCCAGCACAAGGCCAUGUUGCUCCUCUAAUGAAGUUGGCAUACAACUUAGCCGACCAUGGGGUUAAGGUCACAUUCGUUAAUACAGAAUCCACUCAUGUGAAAGUCAUGUCUGCGAUGCCUGAGAAAUUUAAAGAGGAAAGCCCAAUAAGCCUAGUUUCAGUUCCUGUAGAAUUAGACGGAACAGAUGCAAAAGAAUUCGUAGAGAGUGCACCCAGUUUUAUGCCAGGUCAUCUGCAAAAUUUGAUUGAAAACAUAAACGAGUUAAACAAUGAUGACCAAGUAACUCAUAUCAUUGCUGAUAUAACAGCUGGGUGGGCACUGGAAGCAGCCAAGAAAAUGGACAUCAAGCCAGCUGCAUUUGUACCUUUUGGAGUAGCAAACUUGGCUUUGGUUCUGCAUAAUCAAAUGCUUAUUGAGGCUGGAAUCAUUGAUGUUGAUGGAAUUCAAAUGAAAGAUGAGCGUAUCUGCCUGUCAAAGAAGAUUCCUGCCUGGAACAAAAAUGAACUCCUUUGGAGCUUCCCAGGCAAUCCAGAUACGGAGAAAUUCAUGUUUCAACACUUUGUUCGUAAAAUUGCAGAAAAUGUCAAAAUUUGUAAUUGGCUUCUCGCCAACUCUUUUUAUGAACUUGAGCCAUCAGCCUGUAAUUUGAUUCCCAACAUCUUACCCAUCGGUCCAUUGUUUGCAAGUGAUCAUUUGGGAACUUAUGCUGGAAACUUUUGGGCUGAGGACUCAACUAGCUUAAGCUGGCUUGAUCAACAACCUCCACGCUCAGUCAUCUAUGCUGCAUUUGGAAGUACAUUUGUCUGCGACCAGCAACAAUUUAAUGAACUGGCGCUUGGUCUUGAGAUGGUAGGCCAGCCAUUUCUGUGGGUCGUUAGAUCAGAUUUUACAAACGGAAUGGUUGUGGAAUUCCCCGAUGGAUUCACAAAGAGAGUCGAAAAAUAUGGGAAGAUAGUCAAAUGGGCUCCUCAAGAGAAGGCGUUGGCUCACCCUUCUACCGCAUGUUUCUUUUCUCACUGCGGAUGGAAUUCAACCAUGGAGGGUCUAAGCAAGGGGAUGCCUUUUCUAUGUUGGCCUUACUUUACAGAUCAAUUCCAUAACAGGAGUUACAUAUGCGAAACUUGGAAAGUUGGCCUACGAUUGAUCCCUGAUGACAAUGGGAUUGUAACUAGGCAUGAAAUCAAGACAAAGUUAGAGAAACUGCUUUCUGAUAAGGAUAUAGAAGCCAAUUCACUGAAGUUGAAGGAAAUGGCUAGAAAAAGCACUAGUGAAGGUGGAUCUUCUUUCAGUAAUUUCAUAAGCUUUGUUGAACGGAUAAAGCAAUAGGAUGUUUUUGGUGUUUGUGUUUUUCUAGGAAAUAAACUUGAUAGCAUCUGAUUGAAGUAUA